AUGUCUACUGGAAACCUCAACCCUCUGCCUCCCGGCCUUGUUGACCCUCUUCACCCCACAUUCCCAGUGCAAAAUCUCUUCCCAAGCGAGUUUCUCCCCUUGACAACUUCAGACGAAGAACAACAGCUCUGGGGUCUAAGUCCAUCAAACUGGGACAGUCGCGCUGGUGAUACAGACGCAGCAGCCUUCGCUAGCUCCUCAGAGCGCGAUCUCAAAAACGCCCAGGUCCGCAACGGACAACCGACACCACCACCCUAUGAAGAUCCACCUCGUCGUGCAGAUGCAAGCAGACGCCGUCGCGAACAGGAAUUAAAAACUGCCGCUGAAAGUCUAAGCCCCAACCUUGACGGCCCGCUUGAGAGCGGGAAGCGGGCGAAAUUCCUUGAGCGCAAUAGACUCGCUGCUAGCAAAUGUCGGCUCAAAAAGAAGGAGCAUACGCAGAAACUGGAGUUUCUUUUCAAGGAAGAGUCUAAGAAGAAGGAGCUGCUUCUUCAUGAUAUUGCGCGUCUGAAAUCAGAACUCCUGACUCUGAAGAAUGAGGUGCUUAAACAUGCUCAGUGUGGUGAUGAGCCUAUUAAGCUUCAUCUGGCCCAGAUGGUUAAGCGCAUUACUGAUACUGAUACUGACGCUGGUGCUGGCUCGAUGUUUUCUGAUAUUUCUGUUCAUCCUGAAAAUCCUACGUCCUCAGUUUAUGUACCUACAGCUACUAUUUCGGCUUCUGCUUCUGGAUCUGGAUCUGGAUCUGGAUCUGGGUCUGUGUCUGUUUCAGCUUCGACUACAGCCACUUCUGCUAACACACAUGUAUCCUUCGGCUUUGACGAUUCAAUGCUCGCACAUGCUGCUUCAGCCCAAGCGGCGACAAAUGCUCUAGAGCAGCACCUACGACGAACCUCAGACUCUCUUGCUUCUGAGUCCUCAUAUGGCUUUUCUGCCGAUGAUACCUUUGACGACUUGAUCAACGUCUAA